AUGUGCUCCGCCGCGCCCCGGAUCGUGCUAACAGCGCUGCUGGUCAGCUGGGCGGCGGCGCAGGAUUUCCAGGUCCUGGGAACCACCGUCGUCGACCAGGACUUCUUCGUCAAGGGAGAGCUCAUGCCCGGCGAGACGCUCGCGCUCUUCAUCAGGCGCUACCGGAAGAAGCAUGGACUGAGCCCGAAGACAUCCCCCAGGGUGGACGGUGUGACGGUGACCAGGCCGACGCUGGCCACCUCCUCAGAGCCUCUGGGCCUCUCGGCCGGGGCCAAACAGGUGCUCAGGUCCGUCGACGACAGCUUCAGCUGCGAAGGUCUACCGUACGGUUACUACUCGGACCCCAGCAACGCUUGCCACGUAUACCACGUCUGCUACCCGAUGAGCCUUCCUUCCGUCUCCAGACAAGCGCCUUCGGUCAGGAUGAUGCUGUCUGCCAGCUUCUUCUGCAACGUGAACCAGGUGUUCGACCAACACCUGCUCACCUGCGUGCCGGACACGCCCAGCUUCGACUGUGAAGGUGUUCGGCGCCUGUACGGCUCCAGCAACUCACAGUUUUUCGGCGAAGUCGACUUCAACGAGUCAACGGGUGCCAUCAGCCCGCUGGCCGACAGCGACGGCCGCCUGCCGGACAGUGUCGUUGACCUGGGGACGGGUCAGACGGCUGCCGACGCCGACCUACCCGAAGGCGAGAGACUGCAGUUUGUCGACCUAGUGAAGCGCUCCCUAGCACUGAUCUCAGGCCUAAAAGUGGUGGCUAUUUCAGUGGAUCCCGCUAGCGUUAACAGUCACUGAAUGCGAUUUCAGAUCAUUGGGAUUUUUAAAAGGCAUGUGCCUAAAAUUAUUUUCAAACUACCGAAACCUGGGUCAUUGUCUUCGUGCCAAGACAUUCUAAUACGCACUCAGGUGGCGGUCAAGUCAACCACACGAAAGUUUGUUUCCAAAAUAGCUUCCUAAUGACUAGGCGUAGUCGCACCAAGCUUUGAAAAGCCAUAGACAAUGCAGCAAUCGAUCUUUAGGUGUACCUAGUCAGCUCGCUGACCUAUGAUAGGUCAAAAUUAGGCCAUGACUGUCAAGCAAGGACAAUCCCAAGGGAUUAGUUGAAACUGAUGCGACAACAAGGUUUUAGGGGAGGUUGCACAUCUUUGAGGCGCUUUCUCAGACAUUUAGUUAAUCGAGGUCAGAAUUAAGAUUCAUUUGUUUGACCUGAGGUGAAUGGAAUGAGGUCAGGUCGAUGUCACAACCAAACUGUUUUUGCUGAAGACCCUGCUUUGUAUGGCAUUUUUGACGCACAUUUAAAAAUUUUGGAUAACAGGGAGGUCAAUAAUAUGUUAUUUGAACUUCAUUAGGUCAGAGGUUACUGAUCUAGAAUGCUCUCGAUUAUACUUUCCUUUCCAGGAACGUGCCGCCUAGCCUGCUCCUUCAUGCUUAUUUAAAUUAAAAGAUCAAACGAUCUCGCAGCUUUUGGUUACCAUUACCUUGUGAAGGUCAUCUAAGGUCACGGAGGUAAAAUGGAUUACCAGGAACCUUUUACUAAGAACAGAUGUCUUCAAGGACGUUGCAUGAAGAGGUCUGAGGAAACUUUGGACACCAAUGUGCAGUUUGAUCUUGAUUGGCCUUAUUCGACCCGAAGUUCAUGAUCUAGGGGGCUCAAAGCUCUACAUAAGUAAUAUCACGCGCAGAAUUUUCCUCCUGUGAAUUUGAUGUCCCUAGCUCUCUUACUAAUUGAAAAUUAACCGGCCACCUGAGCGCACGCUAGUGUUAGGAUCAUGCAAAUGGUUUUACAAGCAAAUCGCUAUUCUGGAGCUACUUAUGUAUGGGCCAUAACUGGCCAAACACACCGCCGCUGUUUUUCAAGUAUGCUGUUCCGAAAGAAAGCCAACCGCAGUGACCAUGUUUUACUUCAGUGUAUGAUAGGCUAAGUGAAAAUGGAGAGGCUGUUUGCCUUUGUUGGGAGUGUGGACGGAUGCGGUGUGUUGCCCUCAAUGCAUGCAUUUGCAGGGAACUUUAGAGUUACCAACGUGUCUGAAUCAUCCAGUGCCAUAACAACUUUGUUGUAAGCAACGUGUUACCGAUUUGCAGUGCAGAACUUGAGAAGUAUGCCCUUUAAGCUAUCACUGACAGACUGCAGAGAACACAAAUGCAUGCUCUAUAGGACCGGACAGAGCACAAAAGUCUACCGUAUUGCUCAACGGAAAUACAGGUAUUCUGUCAUCUGGGUAUGCAAAAUGUAUCAACUUCAUGUACUACUGUGUUUUAGUAGGAAGUAGUGUGAGUAGUAAAUACGCCCGCCCGCUGUGAGUACCUUUGCAUGGUGCCUCUUCUGUACCCUAAUGUAGCUCCUGUGUUAUGGACAGCUAGUAUCUCUCGAGGCCAAUGUAAGCAUAUUUUGUCGUUGUUGGCCGAGCCAUGUUUCCAGCGAUACAGUCUCUGAAGGACCUCUCACAUAGCUACCGGCAAACAGACUUCAGGAUGAAUACUUGCAGGCUGAAAAAAAUGUGCGCUCCGACGCGCAAAAUCUUAGGAUUUGGGGAGACAUUUUUACAAAUUGUCAAUAAAAAAGCUGAUACGUUCUCUUGUCUCCAAGAACAAAGCCAUAAGGAGCCACAAGAGACAAGCCGCACUUGAGGAUGUUUGAACUUGAUCAAAGUGAGUAGCGCCGAGGAGACGUAAAAGAGAAAUACAGGCAACUGUAUUUUUCAUAAUGCCUACCUGGACGCUGCUUCCAAGAGCUUCAAAGGCGCCGUUUUUCACAAUUAUC